AUGUCGAUGCUCACUCACCUUCCUGCACCCUUGGCUCCUCCCGUGCUCGGGUUGGGGCUGGCGGUGGCUUCGGCGGCGUGGUUUACCGUUUCCUACGUCGGCUCGCUCUACCUCUCGCCCGCGGGUAGGCUCAACGGUGGUGUUGAUGCCGACGGUGUGCCGCUCGACCGCGACCAUCCCGUCGUGAUCCGCUCGCGCAUCAGAACCGCUUCGGCCGCCACCGCGCUCUCCCUCGUCUGCGCAGGUGCGCUGCUCAAACGUGCCAUCCCACCCAGCGUAAGUUUCGGCCGCCUUUUCCACGAGAGCAUUACCGCUGACACCAUGCUCCUCGACUCGCAGGGCUGGUUGCUCGACACGCUCAACAUCGGCCGCCUGCUCGGUCUUGCGCUCCCCGUUCCGACGCUGCUCACCUCCAACACUCUGCCGUUCGCACCUCCACUGCUCAGCUACAUUGGCUCACUGAGCGUUCACAUGGCUGCACCUCUGCUGCUCACCUCGCUUCUCUACCUCGGCCCACUGCUCACCCGCUUCCUCGAUGGCGAGCUACCCUUUCAGCGCCACUUUGACUUGCACACGGACCUCGUGGUCAAGUUCACCUCGCUCGCCGGCGUGCGCAACUUCCUCGUCGGUCCCGCCACCGAGGAGCUCGUGUUUCGCGCGUCGCUCCUCGCACCCCUCUUCUUCGCCGGCGUGUCGCGCGCCAAGUUGGUGCUGGCAACGCCGGCGUUCUUUGGGAUUGCACACGUGCACCAUGCCUACAACGUCUAUCUCUCUGAUGGACGCACGCGCAGCGCUGCCAUACGCGGCGCUCUCACCGCUGCCGCCCAGUUCCUCUACACCACCGCCUUCGGAUGGUAUGCCAACUUGCUCUUCCUCCGCGCUGGCAGCGUCGUGGCCCCCACCGCCGCGCAUGUGCUGUGCAACGUGCUGGGUCUGCCCAACCCCGCCGCCGAUGCGCAAAGGCACCCGACAAAGUCCACACGUAAGUGCCACUUGCCGCAGCCCGUCUUUGUACAGCCUUUACUGAAUCUUUGGCGUCAUUGUGCGAUUGGCUAG